GGACAAGAGAACUUCAUUUUUAAUAAGAUAUCUGUCAAAUCCUAAAUUGCACGGGAGGAUGGAUAGAUCGAACCACCUAGCCUAUACAUACAUCUAGGUUGCUUGCUUGAUUCUAGGUCUAGGGGAAUUUGAUCCCUUAUUUAUCUCCUAUGACAUACAAAGUUUCUUCUGUCCUUCUGUCAGUCUGUACUGCUCACUAUGAGACGUUUAGGUCGUGUUCCCCUUCUUGCUGUAGUUGUUGCAGCCGCUCUUGCACAUUUCCUAGUACCUGCUGCAGCUCCUGCAAUUGCUCUCUCGAUGUCCGGCACAUGCACGCGUAAAUCAAUGACUUUUGCAUACCUGCUGUCGACCCAUCGGGUGAACCAAUACAAGAAGGCUAUGCCUCCUAUGACAAUUAAUCCUCCAAUGAUUGUGAGGCCGUAUAUAUGGCCAAUCUCCCACUGGCUUGCCGAAAAGGAGGCGGUAUGAGAAGUAAAGGCGUCCACGGUGUGUGCAGUUUGUGAUUUGUAGUAUCGAGAUAAGCCGGUCUCUUUUAUAAAAGGUAUGCAGCGACGCUGUUGAUUUCUACCCAGGGACCAGGGUAUCUGGAUGACUUUUGUAGGUAGUCUCGGGUCGGAUCAGAUGUUUAGCUCAAUUAUAAGCCUGUUAUUUCCCAACGUAGAAGGGGCAUACCACCAUGAGAUGGACUAUGGAGGAAGUCUCAGUCUGGUCAUUUGUUACAGAACGGGGCGUAGCCAGGGAGCUACCCUAUGGAGG